AUGGUAUAUCUUACGUUGACUCAAGCUCCUCGCAAUGUGAAGGAGUGCGUUGAUUGGUUGUUAGCCGUGAAAGGAAAUGAUCCCGAAAGGAACUUGAAGGCUUUGGGUACCGCCGUUUACGAUUUUCUUGCAGACAAACCUGUUGGCAAGAUGGAGGUGGCAGCUCUCGAAGAAGUUAAACGCAUUUCCAAGGAGUUCCUUGAGCAAGAGGGGCUUAGGAAACUGCCGUUCAUAAAAACUCUACUGAAGAAGUUCAACGGGCCCGUUAACAAAAAGGUCUACCAACGUUUUGCCGUGUUUUAUGAUGUCGAAGAUAGUGAUUAUGAGAACGUUGUGCGCAACACGCCUCUCUUACCUGAAAAAAUCACACUGAACAUAGCUAAAGUUGUAUAUGCUACAGAGCUGUUCUUGGAUGAUGUCAAAGACCCUCACAAGUAUACGUCUGCUUACGGUUCAGAAGCUACAUGGGAGGCAUCGUGCGCGGAAGACCCACAAGCCUGCGCGAUGGUCUUCGUAGGGAUUGCGCCAAUGUUAUAUGCAGGCCUACUAUCAUUGAGGAGUGCAGGCAUUGCUGCACCAUGGAGGUGGCUAAUAUCUUCUUGGGCUAAGAGUCCGGAAGAUGUAAUGAAAGCGGUCGGUUACAACGAACCGCAGUGCCGCAAUAGCAUUAGUGGUUCGGAUUUGCUGGAAGCAUUACGACGUGUGAAUGCCGAUGUACUGCAUAUAAUUUACGACCUCGCUGGCUUCUGGGCUUUCUACUGA